CCGCCGCCGUGCAAACUCCGGCCGGGACGCGCCGCCGCCGCCGCGCCAAGCCCUGGUGCCAGCCGAUCUUGCCCGGCGCGGGUUCCUUGCUCGCGAGCGAGCGGGCGCGCCCCCGACAGCUUCUUCCUCCUGCCCCGGGUCGGCUCUGUCCGCCAGCGAGCGCGGCUCCGUGCAAGGGGAGCGGGAGCGGGUCGUGAGGAUGUCGGCCGCGGAGGAGGAGGGCUUGCUCUUUCGCCCCUUCAAGCUGAUCGCGCUGCUGUGCGCCUUCAUCGCGCUCGUCCUGGACGUGGCGGCCCUGCUCAGCCCCGCCUGGGUCACGUCGGAACGCUACUCGCUCUCCCUCUGGGAGGCUUGCAGGCAAGCUCCGGACGUCUGGAAGUGCUUCUCUACCCUCCACACUGACUGGCAAGUGGCUACUCUCAUCUUAAUCCUGACUGCAGCUACCAUCGCUCUGUUGUCAUUCCUUAUGUCGCUGAUUUCUUUCUGCCGGGGCACCUACAAACGCUAUUACCGAGUUGUCGCUGUCUUCCUUUUUACAGCAGUGGUUCUGCAAGUCUGCGCCUUAAUCCUCUACCCGAUCAAAUUCAUCGACAGCAGCAUGCUGAAGAGCUACCACGAGUUCAACUGGGGCUACGGCUUGGGCUGGGGCUCUGCCAUCUUCAUGCUGGGGGCAGCCAUCCUUUCCUGCCUGCGCACAGAUGCAUAUGAAGAUGCAUACUACUGAGGCGAGGAAGGGAGCCGGACUGAAUGGUCUGACGGAUGGGAUCAGAUGAAGAACGAUGAGGUGGAGGAAGCAGUGGAUUUCCUGGGGAUUCCUGGGCUCACUCGAUCCUUCCACAGGCACACUUCCAUCGUGGCAAGAUCAGAUGGCCAAAGCCAUCCUUGAGAAAGGACGACACAAAGGUCUUGGGCUGGACACUCUUCAAAGGAUUAGAGGAAUCCUAGCUAUGUAUGAGCACUCUCCGCAAAAUAAUUAGCUUGCAAUCUUUCUCUUUUUUUCCUCCUGGUCAUUUUCCAUGCAGGAAAGGUUGUCUUUAUUUCAUUUCUGUUUUUUUAAAAAAGCAACUUGGCUUGCCUUAAUUUGAGGUGUCCGACACACACCCUUGACACAAUGGGAGGAGGGGCAGAGACUGCAUUGGACCUGUAAAUCCGUUGUCGAUACAUCCCCACAAUCCUAGAAGACCCAGAGCUCACAAAGGCUGGCUCUGUUCUGGGCUGCCACCCUGUACAGAAAGUGUUCCGUUUUGCGCAGCUGCGGAGAUGAAUAAAUGGCAUAUUGAAAGGA